AAAGAAAUUAUAUAUUGUAAAUUAAUAAUAUUGUAAAAAAAAACUAAUUUCUAAAAACUAAUUAUACAAAGAAAUAGUUUUUCUCCAAAAUAAGAAAAACUACAAUUUUUCUAAGAAAAUUCUGUAAUAUUAUUGCGACUGUGAUAUGUGCGUAUAAAAUCAUAUAUGUAGAUAUUUUUAGUCCAAUUAACAUUUUAUAAAUGUGUCUAUAUAAAAAAAAUUUUACCGAAAAUUUGUCAUAAUAAUUAUCAAACUGGAAAUUAUAAUUAGAAUAAAGUUUUUGUUUUCUUUUGAAAAAAAAAUUAAUGGAAUUUAAAUCCUUUAUAAUUUUUCCACAAAAUAGAAAUAAAUAAAUAUUCGAUAUUACAUGGAUUGUAUAGAAAUUGAAAAAUAGGUCAAGAGAAAUAUUAUUGGCACAUGUUUUCAUUUGGCGAAUACAAGUUACAUAAUCGGAUAUUUUUAAAAUUUCACACCUGCAAAGCUUAAAUAGUGCAGAGGUAGAAUAUGCGGCGAAAACACGCCAAAUUAUCUCCAAUUUUUAUAAAAUAACGAAAAUCGAGUGUUUUCACAAAUUUUCUCUAUAAAAAUAAAAUAUGUUUGUAAUUUUAUUCUCUUUUCUUCUGGUUUCGAGCAUUGUUACAGACGGACAUCAUUUUGGAUAUAGUAAAAAAAAUCAACAUUUAUGGAUGAAAGAUCACAAAACAUGUGCUGGAAAAUUACAAUCACCAAUUGCUUUAUCAACAAGUCAGUCUAUUUCGCUACCAUUGCCGGCUUUGGAAAUGAUUGGCUAUCAUGAUUUUUUGAAGAAUCCUUUGAAAUUAGAAAAUAAUGGCCACUCGGUGACUCUAACACCCAGCAUCGAUUCAAUAAAUAAGACAAUUUCCAACAAUCCCUAUAUUUUCGGAGGUUUAUUGAGUCCUGGCAAAGAUUACGAAUUCCAAGCCCUUCAUUUUCAUUGGGGCAGAAAAAAUAAUAGAGGAUCUGAACAUUUACUGAAUGGUGUGCGAUAUCCAAUGGAAAUGCAUUUAAUUCACAAAAAUACAAUUUACGAAAAUAUGGAAAUUGCUUUAAAUAAUUCGGAUGGACUUUCGGUGAUUGGAGUCUUUUUUCAAUUACAGGAAGAAGCUAAUCCACGACUUGUUCCAAUUUUGAAAGUUUUACCAGAUCUUCAGUGGAAUAAUAGUCAAGUUUCUGUAAAUUCGUAUUUAACUCUAUCAUCCCUAAUGCCAUCAAAUGUGGAAGUAUUUUACACUUACAAGGGAUCAUUGACAACUCCUCCUUGUAAUGAGGCAGUGACUUGGAUCAUUUUUCCCACUGCUGUACCAAUAUCCCUUCGACAACUGAAUAAAUUUAGACACCUCUCAAGUGGCGAAGGAUCAUUAGCAGACAAUUAUCGUCAUGUUCAAGGCAUAGGACGUAGAAAAGUUUACGUAAGAAGAAUUGAUGCAGGAAUUAUGAAUAAAACGAAAAUACCAAAUUUAGACAUGACAAAUUUAUCCUGGUACUGGGAGUAAAAAUAAUUUCCAAACAACUCUCUCAAAAUGAUACUGUGAUAUUAAUUAAAAAUUAUUCAAACUUAUAUAAUAUAUAUUUUACAACAUAACACAUAUAUUUUAAUAAAUGUUACUCCUUUCAUUCAUUAUAAUUGAACAAAAUGUAAAAAAUAAUAAAAUCUUUAUCAAAAAUUAAUUAUAUAUUUGUAAAUCAAUCAAAAAAGAAAAAAAAAUUAUACGAAACUUAUUUUUACAAAAAUAUAAUAUGUAAAUUCAUUUU